AAAGGAGGGCAAAGGUUUGUUUUUUUUCUCUCUCUCUCUAUUUGCGGAAUGAGCCAGUGUAAGUGCGUCCAGAGACGGAGUGAGCGAGUGAGUGAGUGAGCCUGUUUGGGUGUCAGUAACGAGUUCUUCCAGAAUGAAGCAAAUGCAAAAUAGUUUCAAGAAAGCGAUUCCAGGCUCCGACACUGAGGAGAUAAGCGAUGGCAACUCCCCGGCUGAUCAACAAAUGGACAAAAAAGAUGAGAAUUGCAAUGAGACGUCACAGGAAACCUCGUCCCCACCAGCCGCAGGUUUUGAUAUGAUCUACAAAAUCGAAGAUGUUCCACCCUGGUAUCUGUGCAUCUUACUUGGCUUUCAGCACUAUUUGACGUGUUUCAGUGGGACCAUCGCAGUGCCUUUCCUCCUGGCGGAGUCCAUGUGUGUGGGAAAGGACCAGUACACGGUCAGUCAGCUGAUUGGCACCAUCUUCACCUGUGUGGGCAUCACCACCCUCAUACAGACCACAUUUGGAUGCAGGCUUCCCUUAUUUCAAGCGAGUGCUUUCGCCUUCCUCGUUCCUGCCAGAGCUAUCCUAGCCCUAGACAAGUGGAAAUGUCCUCCUGAAGAUGAGAUCUACGGAAAUGGGACGGCGCCUUUCAAUACAAGCCACAUUUGGCAGCCACGAAUGAGAGAAAUACAAGGUGCAAUUAUAGUGUCCAGUUUGAUUGAAGUGGUGAUUGGCUUUGUAGGACUCCCAGGGCUACUGCUCGGAUACAUAGGACCCCUUACCGUCACUCCUACCGUCUCCCUGAUUGGAUUGUCUGUCUUUCAAGCGGCAGGAGACAGAGCGGGAGCUCACUGGGGAAUUUCUAUCUUAACCAUCACCUUAAUUGUACUGUUUGCUCAGUACCUUCGCAACGUGGAUUUCAUUCUGCCCGGCUACAAACGUAGAAAUGGAUGCACGACCCUGAGGAUAAAGAUAUUCAAGAUGUUCCCGAUUAUAAUGGCGAUCAUGGUUGUUUGGCUCCUCUGCUACCUUUUGACUGUCACUAACGUGUUCCCCAAAAACCCGGAUGACUAUGGCUUCAAAGCCCGGACAGAUGCCAGAGGCGAAAUCAUGUCAACCGCACCCUGGUUCCGAAUGCCUUAUCCAUGCCAGUGGGGUUUGCCCACCAUCACGGUGGCUGGCGUGCUGGGAAUGUUCAGCGCCACGCUGGCUGGCAUCAUCGAAUCCAUCGGAGAUUAUUAUGCCUGUGCUCGAUUAGCGGGAGCGCCACCUCCACCCAUCCAUGCCAUCAACAGGGGCAUCUUCACCGAGGGGAUCUCCUGUAUCAUUGCUGGACUGCUCGGGACAGGGAAUGGUUCCACUUCAUCCAGUCCCAACAUCGGAGUGCUCGGGAUAACCAAAAUUGGCAGCAGGAGAGUGGUGCAGUACGGAGCGGUAAUCAUGCUAAUUCUGGGCACCGUGGGCAAAUUCACAGCCCUGUUUGCAUCACUCCCCGACCCCAUUCUGGGGGGGAUGUUUUGCACGCUGUUCGGAAUGAUCACAGCUGUUGGACUUUCCAACCUCCAGUUUGUGGACAUGAAUUCGACUCGUAAUCUUUUUAUCUUGGGAUUCUCCAUGUUUUUCGGUUUAACGUUGCCAAAUUACUUGGAAGCGAACCCCAACAGUAUCAAUACAGGAAUCCCCGAAAUUGACCAGAUUUUGACCGUGUUGUUGACAACAGAAAUGUUUGUGGGCGGCUGCAUUGCUUUCGUCUUAGAUAAUACAAUUCCAGGGACGAAGGAGGAGCGUGGGCUGGUGCAGUGGAAGGAAGGAGCGAACGCAAACAGCGACACCUCGGCAGAUUUGAGGACAUACGACUUCGCGAUCGGGAUGAGCCUGUUGAGGAGAGCUCCGUGCCUGCAGUACCUCCCCAUCUGCCCCGUGUUCAAGGGCUUCCAUUUUAGGAACAGAAACGUAAGGGACACGGACGAACAGGGCAAAGGAAACUCCGACGGCCUUGUGGUUUGCACCAGAGUAUAGCUCGUGCACUCACUCCUGGAGCCCUGACGGAAAGAAGAUUAUUGUCUUCCUUUUACCUAAGCUGUGUCAUCAGCGAGGACCUUGCAAAGCUGACCUCAACCAAAUGCUCUCUGCACGGCUUAAAGGAAACUCGUUCUCUUUUCAGUGAGUCAGUCUGGACACCGAGGUUAUCUGACGCACCACACUCUUUUCUCUUUGCCACCCACCUACCCACCCACCUCAGACAUCAAUUGUACACAGUUUUAAUUGCUUGGCUGUGGCAGCAAUCAUUGUCAGAGGUUCGUCGAGAAAAGCUUCAAGGUUGCAUCACGUGUUGACAAGAGGAGUUAAUAAGAAUACAAGACCGCCUUUUUCAAGCUUUCAAUCCCAGGUCUUUGUUACAUUAUUUGUUGUACAUCCCUCAUUGCAACUGUGCUGAGGGUAUACAGCUCUGUCCCAUUGGGGGAGGAGAAGCACAAUUUAAAAAAAAACCAUCACGUAACAAUCAGGAGAGAUUUCACCCCAGCAGCAAGGAGAAAGAAAACCAGAGACAUUUACUGCACAGAACAGGUCCUUUCUGCCUCCGCUGUAGGCUGGUUUAACCAGCUGGGGGGACAGAGGAGGUCGGGCAAAUCAACACUGAAUUGGUAAAAUCCCGUCUUUGGGAUCCUGUUACCAACGGAAAGCCUUUUGAGAUAAAAAUAAUACUAAUAAAAAUGAUAAUCCUUACGUUUGAUAUAGCGCCUGAUCACGUCUUUAAGACGUCUCAAAGCACUUCACGGAAUAUACUGUAAAGUGAAUUGAUUUGACUGUGUAUUUUGUGUGUGGGGGUGAAAAUUUUGUGGGCGAUCUGAUUUUUGUCACGGUGGGGGGUGGGGGACAGGAAAAUCAAAUGUACAUCUGCGAUUUUUUGUUUGACUGUUUUUGACGUGGAAAUAUUUGAGCGAUACAUCAAUAAAUGGGGUCUCCGAUGGGAUGUCUGUGGAUCCUGGCUUACACUAGC